CAAGAAGAUACUAUUUUUUUCCCAGAGGAGAAGGACAUCUGAUCAGAUUUCUCUUGAUUAAAGUGAGUAAAAUUUCUCCUGAUAAGGAAUUAGAGCUUCAUUCACUGCAGGUCUCUGAAUAAAUGCUGUGUUUGUUUGAAUUCUUUUGAUGCAUGUGUUUUAGGACAAGGGUACCUUACGGUGGCCAUUAAUUCAUUUUGGGCUGGCUCCUGCAGUCCUACUUUGGAUAUGGAAAUGAGAAACAUUUAGAAAGGCCCUUUGGGGCCAUAACCAAGAGAAAUGAUCCAUAAUCUCUUCUCUCCUAUUGGUAGGGAAGUCAGAAUGCAUUUAUUUUGAUUUAGACUCAACAUGUUUUUCUGAUUUUUUUCCCCCUAAAUAGAUGAGUGUAAAAUUAAUGUGAACUCACUCAACACUCCCCAAGUUUGGUAAGAGAAUAUGCAUAGAUGAUUUCAGGCAAAGGAAGACUAUAUAUAGAAAAGCUCUGCUGUCAGUCUCACGUCUAGAUAAUCAAGAAUUAAUUUACUCAUUUCUCAAUGACCUAUUUUUGGGCUUUUUUUUAUAUAAUUGUUUAUUUCAAUUACAUUCUCUUAGGCUAAAUCAGAGAGAGAUUGAGAUAGCCCUCAUAAAUAAUUGAAUAGCCCCAUGGGGAAGGCUGCAUUUUAAUCAUGAAAAUCCCUGUAAAUUCAAUCUACUUGGCUUGCUUUGUGGAAAAUUUUCCUCAAGAGGUGAAGUCUAAGCCUUGGUUUCCCUGUUAAUCCUGAGAUGACAUCAGGUGCUUAUUUAGCACAAGGUGGCGCCAAUGAGCUCUAGAAGAGGUAGUACAGACGACCUCCAAGGCCUUUUUUCCCAUCUCUUCCCCAUAACCCUCAUCACCCCUGCUUCCGGCUUCCACUAAAGGCAGAAAACAAUUCACACUAUUUUAUUGCCGGUAAAGGAAGGAAUUAAUGAAGGAUGUUUCUUCAUUCAGCACUGGGAGCAUUCUGAAACAGGAACAGAGUUUGCUGUUUUCUCUGGGGCCUCUGCCUCCUGCUGCUAGCAUCUUUUCCUUGGUGACUGCCCAGAAGGCCUUUGCCCUGGGGUUUCCAAUCUCCUUCCCUUCUUCUGGGGAGCCUACCAGCCCAGGCGGGAGGUGGUUAAGGCUUCUGGCUUCUCUGUAACAGGGCCAUCUGUGUUUGAUCAAUCCAGGCGGAAGGGAGGGGGUGGCGGCCCGUAAGGAGACUGAAAGCAUUCCAGAGUAGUGAGGGAGACUGGGAGAUCCAGAAAGAGAGGAGGCACCGCCCCCAGCCCGCCUCCAAAGCUAGCCGCGCCGCCCGCUAGAGUGGAGGAGGCUGGCCGCACGACUGCACGCUGCCGGGCCCUGCUCUCCCGCUGCCAUGGGGCCCCGCACUCCUGUCCUCAUCCUGGUCCUUUUGUCGUGGUCGGGACCCAUUCAAGGACAGCAGCAGCACCUUGUGGAGUACAUGGAACGCCGACUAGCUGCUUUAGAGUUUGAAGUCUGUAGCAGCCUAUUCCUGAGAGGAGGCUUGUAUAAUGGAGCUGAGACCCCUUCUCACCCUCAGGCGCUCAGACUGCCCCAGAGGCUCAGAAGACUCAGUGGCCCUGCUCACAGAACGCGGGCUGAAGGACAGACGUGGAGACGGGGCCUUGGUGAAUCUCAGCCGGGCUCUCUGCACAUUUAGCAUCUCUGAACAUUUGGUUUCCUUUCGGUGGGGGUUGAAGGGGAUGUUGAUGCCUGGCUGAGUUUGUACUUUUCCCUGUUCCCAACUCCCUGGUUGGGCCUCUCCCUGCCUGGGAGCUGUAACCCUUCAGCCCUCCCUCCUGCUACCCCGUCGUCCCUUCAGGAACGGCUGGCCCAGUGCCAAGACCAGAGUAGUCGGCACGCUGCUGAGCUGCGCGACUUCAAGAACAAGAUGCUGCCGCUGCUGGAGGUGGCCGAGAAGGAGCGGGAGGCGCUGAGAACUGAGGCUGACACCAUUGCGGGGAGAGUGGACCGUCUGGAGCGGGAGGUGGACUAUCUGGAGACCCAGAACCCAGCCUCACCCUGUGUGGAGGUUGAUGAGAAGGUGACCGGAGGCCCUGGGACCAAAGGCAAGGGCAGAAGAAGAAAUGAGAAGUACGACAUGGUGACAGACUGUGGCUACACAAUCUCUCAGGUGAGAUCAAUGAAGAUCCUGAAGCGGUUCGGUGGCCCAGCUGGUCUAUGGACCAAGGAUCCACUGGGGCCCACAGAGAAGAUCUUCGUGUUAGAUGGGACCCAGAAUGACACGGCCUUUGUCUUCCCAAGGCUGCGUGACUUCACCCUUGCCAUGGCUGCCCGGAAAGCUUCCCGAAUCCGGGUGCCCUUCCCCUGGGUAGGCACGGGCCAGCUGGUAUAUGGUGGCUUUCUUUAUUAUGCCCGGAGGCCCCCUGGAGGACCCGGCGGGGGUGGUGACUUGGAGAACACUUUGCAGCUCAUCAAAUUCCACCUGGCAAACCGCACAGUGGUGGACAGUUCGGUGUUCCCAGCAGAGGGUUUGAUCCCCCCGUACGGGCUGACGGCAGACACGUACAUAGACCUGGCGGCUGAUGAGGAGGGCCUUUGGGCUGUCUAUGCCACCCGGGAGGAUGACAGGCACCUGUGUCUGGCCAAGUUAGACCCACAGACACUGGACACAGAGCAGCAGUGGGACACGCCGUGUCCCAGAGAGAAUGCGGAGGCUGCCUUUGUCAUCUGUGGGACCCUGUAUGUCGUCUAUAAUACUCGCCCGGCCAGUCGGGCCCGCAUCCAGUGCUCCUUUGAUGCCAGCGGCACCCUGACCCCUGAGAGGGCAGCACUGCCUUAUUUCCCCCGCCGAUAUGGUGCCCAUGCCAGCCUCCGCUAUAACCCCCGAGAGCGCCAGCUCUACGCCUGGGAUGAUGGCUACCAGAUUGUCUAUAAGCUGGAGAUGAGGAAGAAAGAGGAAGAAGUGUGAGGGAGCUGGUCUUUGUUUUCUGAAUCUCCUUCGCCUCCAUCCAUUUCUAUCCCUCCCAAAGUUUCUGCUCCUCAUUCUCCAGAUGUGCGCGAGUUGCGAUUCAGAUCUCCUCUUUUUAGCCAAUGGAAACCAAACUCUCAUUGCCCCCUCAUUUCACAUGGGACUCCAGAUCUUGAGGAAUCCCUUUGGAGCUGAGAGAGAGAGAAAGCCCGCAGCAAUUCAUUCCUGCUCUCCUGCCCCCUAUCGAAGAAUUUCAAGCCAGUGAAAGAUGACUCAGACCCAGAGCUCUGACCCUUGUAGGGGGGCGACCCUGGUGAACAGGCCACAGAUUCUUUUUUGCACAGUGUGAGUCAGGGGAGAGAGGGCUGGGAGGAGACUUUGAACUCGGCCCCUCUCUCCUUUCUCCCUUCAGUGCCCUAAAGAAGGAGACUCGAGACUCGGUUUGUACUGCGGCAUUUUGCAUUAAAAGGAAAAUCCUCUGCUC